AUGUCUUUGGAUGAAGCCGGAAAGAAAAGAAAGUUACAACUGUGUGAAAUGGAAGAACAAAGACAAAUGUCUUAUGAGAAUGCCAAGCUUUAUAAGGAAAAGACAAAAAAGUGGCAUGAUAACAGAAUCCAACACCAAGAGUUGAAAGAAGGACAAAAAGUCCUCUUGUUUAACUCUAGGUUGAAACUAUUCCCGGGAAAGCUCAAGUCUAGGUGGUCCGGAACCUUUGUCAUUCAUAAAGUUUACUCUUAUGGAGCGGUUGACCUGAUCAACCCGGAGGACAACACGGUGUUUAAAGUGAAUGGGCAACGAGUUAAGGCAUUUCUUGAUGCUGUAGCAUUCCCAGAGCAUUGCUCUGAGAAUUGGGCCACGCUUUAA